UUCUAUAACUGCAUGCUUCGGUUUGACUGGUCAAACCAUAGCCUCGCACUUGUGAGAGUCGCAGAGUUAGGCUCUGGUUGUUAGACGGUCAGUGGUUAAAAGUUCAUCAUUUCCUAAAAUUACUUAGUGUUGAGUUGAUAGAAAGGUGGUGACAGCUAUGUUGUCCACCCCGAGGAAGCUCUUCUGCUUUAAGAAGGAGCCGAAAACCCCCUUGGGGUUUUGUGACGGCCCAAGCAGGGCAACGGGAUACUUGUCCUGCUUUCACUGUGGAACUGAAGACAGGUACCGCCAGCCUUAUGACCCUGAAAACGAAUUUCAUGAGGCAGUAUGCAUGGGAAAGCGCAAAGUGGUGGUGCGUCUCCUCAGGAAGAACCAAUUUCAUGUGAAUGAUGAGGAUGAAGGGAAACGAACUGCGCUCCACUUUGCGUGCUUCUAUGGGCAUAUCCAUCUGGUUCGUUUUCUGAUAUUUAAGGACUGUGAGAUAAAUGCCCUUGAUAAUCAAAUGUCCACACCACUAAUGAAGGCUGUACAAAGCUGGGAGACAGAGAUCGUGUCUGUCCUACUUGAUCAUGGAGCAGAUCCCAAUAUCAAAGACUACAACGGAGAAGCAGCGAUCCACCAUGCAGUGUAUGUAGACAGGCCAGAUAUUGCCAGCAGUCUUCUUGAAUUUGGGGGAAACAUUGAAGAUACUACAAAGGAUGGGUUGACCCCUCUGCUGCUAGCACUCCGAGAAAGGAAACCCCGCAUGGCAGCAUACCUAAUCACACACGGUGCGAAUCUUCACGUAUCUGAUCAAUAUCUAAGAACAACACUCAUGUAUGCUGUUAGAUGGGAUUGUGACAUUAUGGUUGAAAUUUUACUGAAGAAAGGUGUUGAUCACCAGUUAAAGGACACAUUUGGAUGGAGUGCUCUUUAUUAUGCCAUUAUGGGGAAACGCAAAACAAAAAUGGUGAUUAUUCAGCACGACUUACUUCUCUGGAGACAACAAAAUACCUUCACACGAAAUCAGCCUGAAGAUGACUUUUCAUCAGGACAUCACUUUGAAUCUGAGUCACUGAUUUCCGUGUGUACAGGAAUGGAGGACACAGCUAAUUUGAAAACUCAGCAAGAUAUUCCUGAGAAUAGUCUGAAAAGUGGUGCGGAUGACUUACCGAUAGCUUCCAAACAAUAUGAAAAUGUAGAAGAACAAGAAGAAGAACUAGAAUUAGAAACAAUACUGGAUUUAGAACUGGAAAAUGCAAAUGUUUGUCAUAAGAAUGAAGACUAUCAAAAAUUGAAAGCUGCCCAGUCAUCCAACGUAGGAAAUGGUCCAGAAGAAAAUGAAAUAAUUCAAGUUUGGGCUGAAAAAUGUCCGCAUCCAGAGCUGAGGGAUUUUUGUCAUCUAGUCUCCAGAUCCAAGCCUGAAACACAGCAAUCUCAAACAGUUUGGGCUGAAAAAUGUCCACACCCAGAGCAGAGGGAUUAUUCUCAUCAAAUUUCCAAACCCAAGUCUGAAACACAGCAAUCGCAAGCAGUGUGGGCUGAAAAAUGUCCUCACCCAGAGCUGAGGGAUUAUUCACGUCCAAUCUCCAAACCUGAGUCUCUACCACACCAAUCUCAACCAGAUAUAAUAUUUUCAGAAGAACUAGAAGAAGAAAUAACAGAAUUUAAAGUGGAAAAUGAGAGAAGUUUUGAUAAGAGUGCAGAAAAUCAAGAAUUUAGUGUGUCUGACCCUAAUGGACCACAGAAAUCUUCCACAAAAGCUCCCAACUCAUCCAAUAUGGACAAUGAUGCAGAAAAGAAUGUAAUAAUGCAUCAGGAGAGAACAUCUGUCAUGGAAGACCAAGAACAUGCCUCAGAAGAGCAGAGGCAACACAGUGCUAGAAAAACUAAGCGGCCAUUUAGUGUGUCUGACCCUAAUGGACCACAGAAAUCUUCCACAAAAGCUCCCAACUCAUCCAAUAUGGACAAUGAUGCAGAAAAGAAUGUAAUAAUGCAUCAGGAGAGAACAUCUGUCAUGGAAGACCAAGAACAUGCCUCAGAAGAGCAGAGGCAGCACAGUGCUAGAAAAACUAAGCGGCCAUUUAGUGUGUCUGACCCCAAUGGACCACAGAAAUCUUCUACAAAAGCUCCUGACUCAUCCAAUAUAGACAAUGAUGCAGAAAAAAUUGUAGUGAUGCAUCAGGAGAGAACAUCCAUCAAGGAAGACCAAGAGCAUACCUCAGAAGAGCAGAGGCCGCACAGUGCUAGAAAAACUAAGCGGCCAUUUAUUGAUGCUAUAAGAGCAUGCUUUUGUGCAUGUUUCCCCAAAAAACGGAUCUCUUCUUCCCACUACAAGAAAUAGAAGAGAAAACAUAAAAAAGUGAUGAACUUGGACAAGCCUACUACAAUUGCCUGACAACUUCUCCGACCAUCCACAAUAAGACAACUCAGGAGAAAAUCUGUCUCUUCUCCAAUAAUUGCUCUAAGAAAAAGCACAUUUUUAUUUUAUGUUUUAGAAUAAUAUAGUAUUAUAUUACAUAUUCUUCAGUGUUGUUUUCACCUGUUUAUUUUGUUUUAUUAUGUUAUAGUAUAUUACACUAUUAUAUUAUCUUCAGUUUUUAUUUCCAUAUGUUUAUCUUGUUUUAUUAGAUUAUGUUAUAUUAUGUUAGUAUAUUAUGCUUUCUUCAGUGUUUAUUUUACAUUUACCUUCCUUCCCUUGAUGUAAAUAGUUCAUGUAUAUGUGUACAUAUGUAUAUAUGUAUAUAUGUAUAUAUGUUUAUGUGCUUUGUAAUAUAUUUUUAGAAGAUACCAUUUUUGAAUGUACAAAGUUAUUGAAUAAUUAAUUAAUAAUAAUUAAAUAAUAAUAAUUUAAUUACCCAUUCAAAGUUGUUUGAGUCCAUUUAAUUGCUAUAUUUCCCUUUAGCUCUUCUAGUUACUAAUGCAGCUAUACAGUAUUUGAUGAUGGUCAUUGAUGGUUCAUCCAUAACUUCUUUAUGUAAAUGAGCACUGUUUUAGUUUUUUUAGUUUAUCCAUUGUUUAUUCUUUUAACCAUGAUUGGAUUUCUUCUUGGUAUCUUUCAAUUAUAAUGAGCAAUGCAGAGGUGUGUUUUCUCAGAAGUACAUUAGUAUCUGAGACCUGACAUGAAAUUCUUUGGGGGAUAAAUAUAGAUGUGAAGUAAAUAUAAAUGUGUAUGAAAAAAAUCAUAUGGUAAUUCCCCAUUUAGGUUUGUGAGGAGGCGCCAUACUGUAUCCCCCAGCUCCUACAUCACUCUCCAUACCUAUCAGCAAUGCACAAAGGUUACAAUUUCUCACACCCUUUCUGGCACUUCUUCCUUUUAUGUAUAGUAGCUAUCCUGAUUGCUUUUGCAAUGUCUUUUUUACUGCUAUUCCAGUGAUUCUGGGUAAAAUAAAACCUACUGAAGCCUU